UAAACGGUUGUAGCAACACGUGGGGAUAUGUAACGCUAUAUUUUUCUGGACCCUGCUACUUACUCUUUAAAGGAAGUUUUGUAAUCGUGGAUUCUUAGGGCACACAGAAUUUAGGAAAGCAGAGUUUUUGAAUGAUUAUUGGAGAGCUGGUGUUUUUUAUGAAACAGACCCUCUCCUAUAUCACAGAUGCCCCAAGUCGCACACUCCCCACAGGUUUGUUUCAGCCAGGUCACACAGUGCCACAGAGGUAUGCAAUUCCACACCUCACCGAGGAAGGUCAGCUGGCUCGGAGAAACUGCUGUGGAGGUCAUCAUUUCAAACAAUGAUACAGCAGGACGGACCCUGUCCCGAUUAUCCUCAAGUAUGAUGUCAUGGGAAUGGGGAGAAUGGAAAUGGAGCUGGACUAUGCAGAGGAUGUGACAGAGAGGAGGCGAGCUCUGGAGGUGGAGAAGGAGGAUACAGAGGAGCUGAGACAGAAAUACAAGGACUAUGCCGAGAAGGAGAAGGCAAUCGCCAAAGCUCUGGAAGAUCUGAGAGCAAAUUUCUACUGCGAGCUGUGUGACAAGCAGUACCAAAAGCACCAGGAGUUCGACAACCACAUUAACUCCUAUGACCACGCACACAAGCAGAGACUGAAGGAACUGAAGCAACGUGAAUUUGCCCGAAAUGUUUCCUCGAAGUUGCGUCGAGAUGAGAAGAAGCAGGAGAAAGCACUGAGGCGACUGCAUGAGCUGGCAGAGCAGAGGAAGCAGCAGGAUUGCGCCCCAGGGAGUGGUCCCAUGUUCAAAGCCACCACAGUGGCAGUGGAUGAGGAGAGCAGUGAAGAUGGGAGCCCAGUCUUGGCUGGAGCCGGUGAGGGGGUGCCUGCAGAGGAAAAGGGAAUCCCCAGCUAUGGUCAGAUUGUUAGUGUGGCUUCACCCAAGCAGGCAGCCACAACUACCAUUCUCCCUAUCAAAAACAACUCUUCAACACCCCAGCCCAAAGUGGGAUUCUCCUUCUCCUUUGCCAAGAAGGUUCCAGUGAAGCUGGAGACCACAGCAUCAGUUUUCAAGGAGCUGGGAGAGGAGGUUUUGGCAGAUGAGUCUCAAAAGGAGGAAGAGGAGAAAGGUGGAUGCGACCCUUUAGUACCCCCUAAAUUCCCUGGCGGAGACAGCCCUCUGAGCACCCAGGCUAAGGCAGCCAGUGGGGGGGAGGAGGAACGACAAGACUCUGAGGGGGGAGCGCUGGCUUCCACACUCUCCAAACUGAAGAUGAUGAUGAAAAGAGAGGAGGGCGCUUCUCAUCAAGAACCCCAGUAUUACCAUUACAUCCCACCAGCGCACUGCAGGGUCAAGCCCAACUUUCAGUUCCUGCUGUUCAUGAGGGCUUCCGAUCAGAGCAGCUGUGGAGGGGAGAGCAGCAAACAGGGGGAAGGCAGACCAGGGGAUAUCAAACCCAAGGAGAUUCGGCAAAGAGAUAGCAAGCGAACUGAUUGCAAGCAUAAAGAGGAACACAAUUCUCACAAUCGGCAGAUAGCAGCUACUGCAGAGCCAGUGUCCAACAUGGUCAAAGUAACUGAGAAAGUGGGCUCCCCAAAAGUCACUUCUUCUGAAAAGCAACCAGUGGAAUACAACAAGACUGUUGCAAACGAUAGCCCCCGUCAGCCCUCUGGCCCUUUCUUUCCAGUCCUGAGUAAAGAUGAGAGUACCACCCUGCAGUGGCCAUCAGAGCUGCUGGAGUUCACUCGGGCUCAGCCUUCCCUCUCCUACAGCUGCAACCCUCUCUACUUUGAUUUUAAACUCUCACGAAAAAAAAAUGCCCAGGGAAAGUUAGCCGUAGAAGAGUCUGUCCCAGUUCAUGCUAGAGAGCAGCAAGCUGCGAGCCAAAAAGCCAGACUGGAGACUGAGAAGCCAACGGGGAAUACUGGAGAGGGCACAGGGAACAAACCGGAGCAAACAGCUGCGGCAAGUGGAGACAGAGAGACAGAGCCAGCAUUAACAAGCCCAGCCCCAAAGAAAGACAAAACGCUGAAGUCACACAAGCAGAAAAAGAAAAAGAAACACAAAAAGUCAUCCAAGCGGUCAAAGCGGAAGGAGAGGGGCAGCGGGGUAGGGAAGAGCAAAGAGGCUCCCGAUGAGAAAUGCAAGAGGAGGAAGAAGCACAAACGGAAGAAAUGCAAAAGUAGGGUAUCUGAGGAGAGGGAGAGCCAAGGGUUUCAGGCUACAGAGGUGUCAGGAGGAGGCAAGAGAAAUCACCAAAGGACAGCAACCGAGGAGAGCAGUAGAGGCAGCCAGGCCAAGAGCUCCGAGACAACCAGCUCUUCAGAAGAGCACAAUGAUGCCAAGCGACACAAAUCGGACCCAGUCGCUGUGGCCUCUUCCUCCUCUUCCCUGUGGAAACGAUCUUCCAGUCGGGGUAGAAGCCAGAGUCAGCAUGGGAUCAGCGAGGAAGACGAGAGUGAGGACGGUGACUCCUCCCGCAGGAAAUCGUCAAGCUCGCGGACACCGCGGCAGCACCAGCACUACAGUGAGGAGGACUCUGAAUGCUCUCUGAGCAGGUCCUCCCGGAGAGGGGGGCGUUGCCACAGCCAGCAAGCCUCGUCACACAGUCGCUCCGACUCCAGCAGCUCGGGCCGCUCCUCGAAGCGCAGCAGUCGCUACAGCGGACGCAGUGGCCGCAGCUCCUCGGACAGUUACAGUGACUACAGUGAGCGUUCGCGGCAGCGGAGCCAUUCCAAACACUCUCCUACCUCUGACUCUGACUGCUCCCGACACAGUCGUUCUCACAGGCGCCAGCACUCCUCAUCAGAGUCCAGUCGUUCACGCAGCAAUAGCAGGGGCCGGGAUAGCCAUUGGAGGCGCAGCCACCAUCGCAGCUCCUGCAGCAGCAGCCGCAGCCCCAGCUGGAAACGAAGCCAAAGCAGCUACAGCUGCAGUUCAGGCAGCCGGUCCCGCCGGUCAUCCAGCUCCACCAAGGGGUCCUCCAGGGGGGGGAACCGGCAUCGCGAGUCAUCUUCUGAGCUACGGCGUCGCAGGGACUUCAACCGCUCCAAAAUAUACCGUUCCCAGUCCCCACACUGCUCCUCCCGCACCCCAGCAAGGAGGGAGGAGACCAGGACUAGCAGCAGCAGCAGCAGCACCACCACCACCUCCCUUCAGAGGAACACGGCAGCUAGAGGAGGAGCAGCUUUGACCAACCCUGAACCAAAAACUGUAGUAGAGAGGAACUCGCUGACCCCCAGGCAGCUGCUAGAGAAAGUGCAGUCCCACAAGGGACCAGAAGAUGGUCCUACGGCAUCUGGGAAUGCAGGGAUCAAACUCAUGGAUCCUCCACAGGGGUACUUUGGCCCAAAGCUCCCUCCAUUACACUCGAACAAGGCUGUUUUUCCUUUGUUUGGGAAGCUGCCUGUGGUCAAAAACCCUCUGAUGUGCCGAUCAGACAGACUGGCAUCCGAGUGGGCAGAAGAGAUGGAAAUUCCUGAGGCAGAUGCGGCUGCUAGGGAGGUGGUAUUUGUGGAGCCCAUUCGAGAGUUCCCCCCCCGUCCUCCUCCUCUGCCGCCCCCUCCACAGCUUGGGGAGAAUGGACAAGCCCCCCAGAAGGGGAUGCCCACCAAAGCCUCUUCCUGCCUGUUUGAACCAGAGCCUGGCCACCUAUUCCAGCCCUAUCCCUCUGAGCCCUGCCAGGACCGUGCCAAAACACUGACUCCUCUGGAGCCCUUCCCUCCCGAGCUGCAACCUUUUCCAGGGUACACUCCCCAACCCCUGGAGAAAGAGGAGCCGGAAGUAGAAGAGGACUCCUCUUUGGCACCCCUGGAGAGCCAGCCUAUCACCUUCACCCCAGAGGAGAUGGAAAAGUACAGCAAGCUUCAGAUGGCAGCGCAGCAGCACAUCCAGCAGCAGCUCAUUGCCAAGCAAGUCAAGAGCUUCCCAGCGGCUGCCAACCUAGCACCUGCCCCAGCUCUACAGCCCAUCCACAUCCAGCAGCCUGCAGCAGCCACAGCUACAGCUACCUCCAUCACCACUGUGCAGCAUGCCAUCCUGCAGCACCAUGCCGCCGCUGCAGCUGCCAUCGGCCUCCACCCGCACCCGCACCCCCACCACCAUCACCCCCAGCAGCUGGCCCAGGUACACCACAUCCCCCAGCACCACCUAACCCCCUUCUCCCUCUCCCCGCUUGGCCACUCUCUUAUCCCAGCCCACCAUGCAGCCUUUCUGUCCAGCCAUCCCAUUCACAUCAUCCCAGCCUCAGCUAUCCACCACACCCAGCUGGCACUGCACCAUGUCCCCCACACUGCCCUCUACCCUACCCUGUUUGCCCCCCGACCCGCAGCUGCUGCUGCCGCUGCUGCCAUGCACCUUCACCCCCUCUUGCACCCCGUCUUCUCGGGGCAGGACCUGCAGCACCUCCCCAAUCAUAGCUCCUGAGAGACGGCAACUCUCUCACGGCAAGAGCCCCCCCAGGCUCAGCUCAAGCAGAAUUAGCUUUAAGCCCACGUCAAUUGAGUCCCAUUCAAUCAGAACUCCCUCCCUGUCACUGUAGAGAACACCCAACUCUUACCAGUAAGAAGAGAGCACAGCUCAUCAAUCAAACCAGGGUUCUUUUAUGUCUAAAUAUAUUUUCUGAGUGCAGGAGUUCAAAGCAUGAUCGUGCAUGACAGCUUGUGUUCACCAUAGGUGGCAUCUUAGAAGCUGUGAGGAGUGCUCAGAUUGAUUGCACUUAUUAAACUUUUGAAACAAUCACGUAACCCACGAGAGGAAGCACAAGGCACCCCCCUAAGCAGUUAGGAGGGGCUAAACAAUUAGGCUCCUCCUAAUUGUUUGGGGGGGGGGGGCAUCCAUAUAAACUGAACCAAUAGGGUCCUUGAGCUCCUGAACUUGUGGGAUUCUGGGCAGGGCCUAGAAAAGGGUUCUGAAAGGUGAGAGUUAAGGAAGGGCUGUGCUGGGGUGAAGUGAUCGCACAGCCAGGAAACAUGUUUACAGAGACUCAAAGUUUUUUGGGGUUUUUUUCACAUCCAUAUGAAGGGACUGCAGACUUGCUAUGUGUGUCGGUAAGGACAGGCAAUCUUUUCUUUGUAAAACCCAGAUCCUUCAAUCCUCCGCAUGUGUGCCCUGCUGAAACUGCGCCCACAGGUGACCUCAUUCAUCCCUCUGCCUUGAGGUCGGGAAUAUUGUGUUAAUGCAUUAACCAUUUUGAUUACUUUUCACCUGCAUUGUCUAUUGCAAAAAAAGAUUUGGGAGUUUUUAAAAGAGCUUGUACAUGAUUGAGGAAUCUCUGAGAAUAAAUGAAGUGUAUAAAUUGUAA